CACACGAGAGUGCAUUCUGUGGACUCAAUAUACCAACACAGAGGCGAGCCUAUCUGCUGGAAACCACAGAGAAUUGAAAGACUGGAGCACCCCCCCCCCCCAUCUCUCUCACUCACUCACUCACUCACUCACUCACUCUGUGUCCUCCUCUCUGUGAGCAUUACAGCAAGGCAUUGCGCAGGAUUUAACUCCCCUCCUUCAUCUCCCUCUUCUUUAUUUUAUUUGUUUUUUUUCCUUCCUCCAAUCCAUCUCUCCUUCUGUGGCAGCCACUGCUCUUGGCAGCGGAAGGAUACUUUCAUUUCCAUAUUGGAGCGUUACGAGAGCUGCUAUUCGCUCAUUUCUCCCACAACCAUGUGUGUGUGCGUGUGUGAGAGAGAGUGUGUGUGAGCCUUGGGUGGUGGGCGGGGGGACCCAAGGAGGACGGCAUCUAAAGACGUCUCGUCACUGGCCCCCUAUCGCUGCCUGUGGAGGCUGGCAUCAGGGCCAGCUGAUGCCACAGCAGAUCUGAGGAAGCUGCAGUUGUAGAAGCGCAGACAUGCCACUCAGCACUGCACCUACAGUGGGUCGCAGGAGGAGAGGAAAUCCGGACAGCCAAGGUCUACUAGGUGUGCUGAGUGUGUGUGCUACAUUACUGCAGUUAUGUGCUGGCUGUCCUUCAGAGUGUGUGUGUAACUCACUGGAAGCUAACUGCAGUGGGCGGAGUUUAAUAUCUGUGCCUGCUCUCACUACUCUCCCUGAGGGCACACAUACCCUCCUUCUGGCCAAUAACCGCCUCUCCUCCCUUCACGUCUCUGUCUUCGCCAAUCUAAGCACCCUGAAGACACUUGACCUGUCCAAUAACUAUCUGGACAACCUGCCUUCAAGACUGUUCCAUGAGCUGAAUAACGUGAGCAAUUUGAGUUUGCGUAACAACAGCCUGACGGUUUUGGAUCGCGAAUUGUUUCGCGGCCUGACUCAGCUGCGGAGACUGGAUCUGUCUCUGAAUGGCUUGGCCGCUGUGCCGCUGGGCCUGCUGGAUGAGCUGCAAGGGCUGACCUGGCUCUCCUUGGCUGGGAACAGACUUCACGCUCUGGAGAGAGCCACAUUUGAGCCUCUCGUCAACCUUCAGCACCUGGAGCUGGGCAUGAACCCCUGGGAGUGUGACUGCAAUCUGAGAGACUUCAAACACUGGAUGGAGUGGCUGAUAUAUCGAGGCGGUAAUGUCGAUGCCGUUGAGUGUACACUUCCGAAGGACUUAAGGGGUCGUGACAUCAGGGGCGUUCCUGUGGAGAUGUUCAACUACUGUCUGCAAUUGGAGGAUGAGAAUGGGGGCGGGGCUGGGAGCACAAAGGGUGGAUCUCCACCAUGUUUUCGAGGGACAGCCACUCCGUCAUCUGAAGGUGCAGUGGUGCGUACGGAGGCGGAGCUACCAGACUGUGUAAAGCAUCGUUAUCGGCCAGUCAGUGUUCGCAGGGCGAUUGGUACAGUAGUGAUCGCUGGUGUGGUCUGUGGAAUCGUGUGCAUUAUGAUGGUGGCUGCCGCAGCAUAUGGCUGCAUUUAUGCCUCUCUAAUGGCAAAAUACCAGCGAGAGCUAAAGAAGAGGCAGCCGUUGAUGGGUGACGCAGAGGCAGAAGCCGACCCGGAGGAGAAACACAUCUCAUCAGUUGCAUAGGGGAAUCGAGAGAGGGGUCAGAGUUCAGAGGUCAGCCACAAAUAUAAAGAGCCCUUUACUGGUUGAGCUGCACAUUUGAUGAUCAUUUAGCUGACCAGCGGAGGAUUCAUCAUCCUGUCUCUCUGCCCUUCCUGAGACCCUCUCUGACUCUCAGACUUAACACUUUACUCAAACUCUAAACUUUGGCCUAUGACCUUUGACCUAUUUGCCCCAGGACAAGAGGGACCACUCAGCACUUUAGAACUCCCCCACCCUUCUCCAGUGUUGAGAGGAUCUCAGCAGAGGAGGUGUGGAUGCAGCUGUUCACAGUUCUGAACCAUGAUGUUUCUAGAGGAUCAUGUGCAGUCAUUAGCAUUAGCCUCUGUAGCAGCCUAACCAUCAACCCAAACCUCCAAAUCAUAACUCUGAUCCCAACCUCUCAAAACUAAUCCAAGCCCCCCACUCUAACCCUAAGCCUUUCAUACUAACCCCAACCAUAACCAUCACCUCUAACACUGUCUACACCGGGUCGUACAUGCAAGUGGCACAUCACAUCAAAAGCCAGUAACACUCAUUAUAAUCAAUACUGUUAACUAGGGAUGUGGUGAAUAGCGAAUCUGUAUUCAGAAAGGCACAGAAGACGAAUAAUGCAUUCUACAGAGCCACUAAAGCAGUGGUGUCCAAACUCGGUCCUGGAGGGACGGUGUCCUGCAGAGUUUAGCUCCAACUUGCCUCAACACAGCUGCCUGGAAGUUUCAUAACAUUGCAUUGAUAAGUGAUCUCAAUGUCCUGCAUAUUAAUAACGGCUCCCUGAUGCCCGCAAUUUAUAUACCGGAUAAUUACCCAACAAUACAAUUGUGAGAGAAAGCCUUGAAAUAUGAUUUUCUUGUACAGUAUAUCUCAUAUUUAUUCCCUUUAAGUGUGCCGUAGUACACAACAUUACAUUUCCGAAUACCAUAUUCAGAUUUGGUCACAUC